AUGUAAAAAAAUAUAACCUUUGUUUGCAUUAGUGACACUCAUGGAUUACUUAAUCCUUCCUCGGUUAAACCUACUAUAACUUUACCCUAAGGAGAUGUUUUGAUCCAUUGUGGGGAUUUUACCAAUUGUGGAGAACUCGAUGGAAUAAAGAAAUUUAAAUAGUGGUUAAUCUAAUAGCCAUUUAAAUAUAAAAUCUUGAUUGCUGGAAAUCAUGAUCUAACUCUUGAUAAUAUAAAGUAUCCAAAAUAUUUAAAGGAUCCACAGCUUUAAGCUGAAAUCAAAGACCUUUAAAACUAAUGCAUUUAUUUAUUAAACUCUUCAUGUGUUGUUGAGGGAUAUAAAAUCUGGGGAAGCCCGUACUCUUUGGAGUUUUGUAAUUGGGGUUUUGAAUUAUUUCCCAAAGAUGCUUAGAAGUUUUGGAGCUAGAUUGAAGAAGGAAGUGACAUUGUUGUAACCCACGGUCCUUCAUACGGCCAUGGUGAUUAUGUUAAUAAUGCUGGACAUGUUGGCGAUAAGGAAUUGUUGAAUAGGAUUAAGCAGAUAAAAGCAAAAUAUCAUCUAUUUGGACAUAUUCACGAAGGAUAUGGUAUUACAGAAGAGGAUGGUAUCAAAUUUGCUAAUUGCUCUUUAUUGGAUGAAUAUUAUAAAGUUACUAAUGGUCCUAUAGUAUUUUAAUUGCCUUCGAAAUUACAAUAGGAAAAUUGA